GUUAAACCAAAACUGCGUCACAACAAAAUCAGCGUGUUGAACCCAUGAAACCCUAAAAUCCCAAAAAAAAUAUCGAUACCAUAACAAUGGCGGUGAUGACACGGAAGAGGCGGCGCAUGAUGGAGGAGACGGCUGAGUCCCCGAUCACGAUUCUGCCAAAAGAAGUGAUGAUCGAAAUCCUUUCUAGAGUUGAUUCAAGCAAUACUCUGCAAUUGAGGUGCGUUUGCAACUUGUGGAAUUCGCUAGUUCUUGAUCCUCAAUUCGCGAAGAAUCACAUUAAAAAAUCAUGCACUGAAAUCACCGUUCUACUUGUUAAGGUCUGGAAAUACAUCAAAAUUUUCAAAUCGACAUUUCAUCAUCCUGAAUUGUUGAGGAAUGCAGCUGCUCGGUGGGAUAAGUUGACGAAUGCAGCUGCUCGCUGGGAUAAUCUUGGUGAUCGAGAGAAAAACCGGAUGAUGAAGGAGGUGGCUAAGUUGGAUAGUCUUUUUGAGAUUGCUUGGUAUGCCAAAGGGAGAUUCAGAACUCUGAGAGAAGAUAUGCAAAUUCUGGAGGAUAGAUUGAAGUGUCUCAAAAUCUUUCUGAAGAUUUAUCACGCUGUGCAGGAUUAGUUGCUCUGGUGAGUUGAUUGUUGCUUGGUGGAUAUCGGAAGCUAUCUCCGGUAUCGGUGUUAGUUGAGUCUAGGUUGGCUCUGAUCUAGGCGUCUGUUAGAUUUCCUAGAUUUAUUUGUUGUAUUUAUUUGUUGGAGAUUUACCCACUGUUGGGAUUUGGAGAUUCAUCUAUGU